AUGGUUCCUGCGCCUCCUCCGUGGCAGGCUCCCCGCGGCGCCUGGGCUUUUCGCUCUCCUGCUGUGUUCGAGCCUCCUCGUUGGAAGUCUGAGCAUGGGGGCAAGGGCAAGUCUGGCGGGAGUGGGCAGCAGCAGCAGUCGCAACCUUCCUUCGAUGCUGAGCAGGCGCAGGUUUGGUUGGAGAUGUCCACAGCUCAGUUCGAUGCGGCCGCAGCUGUUCUCUCUCAGUCGGCUCGGGACAAGCUCAAGCACUUGCGUUGGAAGCGUGAGAACGGAUUCGAAGGUUUGGUGUCUGUCAAAGAGGCCAAAAACGUGCAGCAGGCGAUCGAUAGCAAGGCGGCCGAACUGCAGCGGGCUCGUUCUUCUUUCGACAAGGCGAAGAUUGCGGUGCAGAAGGCCACGGAACAAUAUGUGUCCUCCAGAGCCCAGCUGGGCAAACUGGAGGCCGAGCUCAAGCAGAUGGUUGAGGAUGCCAAGGCGAAGGCCGCUCGUGCUCCGCAGCCGCCUGCAGCGGAGUCAGCGGUGUCGGCGGCAUCGCAUGUGGCCAAGGUGCUCAAUGGGCACCCUGGCUGGCAGCAGCAGGUCGGCACAGCGCUGGCGGAGCCGCUCACGGCGCUGCUGCAGGCGCUCACUGCUCAUCGUGAGUGUGAAGGAGCUGGUGGGGUCAUCGACCUCAGCGGGGAGCACGUGCCUGUUCCCGUGGAGUUGGCGCGGGCCAGCGGCCUGUCGGACGACGAGUGGGACAGCCUGGUCAACGGACUGUCACCUGACUUCCCGAUCCCGGACGCCGACAAGAAGAGGCUCAUUCAAGAGCUCCGUGAGGAGGCCAGCAAGAAGCUUC